AUGCCACUCUGCGGCUCAAACAAGACGACCCAGCGGAAGAUUGUACUAUUAGGAGAUGGUGCCUGUGGAAAGACCUCAUUACUGAACGUAUUUACAAGAGGAUACUUCCCGCAAGUCUACGAACCCACAGUUUUCGAGAACUAUGUUCACGAUAUCUAUGUUGACAAUACACAUAUCGAGCUUUCACUCUGGGACACGGCCGGUCAGGAGGAAUUCGACAGACUGCGAUCACUCUCAUAUAGCGACACCCACACCAUUAUGCUCUGCUUCAGCGUAGACUCCCGCGACUCACUCGAGAACGUCGAAUCGAAAUGGGUCGGCGAAAUUGCGGACCAAUGCCAGGGUGUCAAGCUGGUACUGGUUGCGUUAAAGUGUGAUUUGAGAGAGGCUGGGGAUGGCGAUGGCCCGGAGAAGAAUGUUCCCGGAGGAUUCAUUCAAUACCCGGAGGGACUUGCUGUUGCUGAGAGGAUAAAGGCAUUGCGUUACCUUGAAUGCUCCGCCAAAAUGAAUCGUGGGGUCAAUGAAGCGUUCACGGAGGCCGCCAGAGUUGCAUUGAGCGCAAACGCAAAGGGCAGCAAAGAUUCACGGGCAUCGGGAUGUGUUAUACAGUAA